AUGGCCUCUGACUUGACUCCAUCCGAAUCGAUUCAAUCUAUCCACCCAGAACUGGAUGAACAGGAUUCAUCUCGUCUUUACAUCAUCUAUCGAAAGCGGUGGAGACGGCGCUAUGAAGUCAAAUCUGCAGCAGACCAACUCAUAUACUUCGGGGAGGUAUCCAAUUUCAAGUACGCUAAGCCCGACCUCACCUUGCAUCGAGGAACAAGCGUCGAUGCACCCGUGGUGGCAGCCAGCAAACUCCUCAAGUUCUCCGGUGAUUUGAAAUUGGCAUUGGGGGACCCCGACGAUGUGACCAAUGUCCAAUGGGAGGAUAUGACCAGGGAAUCUUCUUGGAUGCACCAAACGUAUCGCUUUGAAGUGAACAUGUCUAGCCGGUCUGAGGGCAUCCACGGGCAAAGACGAGCCUUGCUCUGGAAGCGAACACGCUCAGUAGGAGUCGAUGAUACAACACCAUCGUGGAAUCCUCGGAACUUCAAGCUGAUUGAUGAGAGAAGCGGUGACCUGGUGGCGGUAUUCACGAGCAAACGGUCUAUUGGCCAAUGUGGGAGAUUGCAGAUCAAGGAGGAUCACGGGGAGUGGUUUGAUACGAUGGUCUUGCUUUCAUAUAUAAGCCUGUAUGAAAGGUUCGAGCGUCGUAACAGGCAAGCUGCUGCCGCAGCUGGAGGGUCGUGA